CAUGUGUAGUGUGUUUCAGUUGUUGAGCAGAGCCUGUUGAAGGUACAGAAGGUGGUGUGGUUAGACACUGUGUGCACAGCUAGACACAGUCAUGGACUCAUACAUUUCCUGUUGCAGGCUAGUGCUCUACCUUUUCUUUGGCGGUGCUUCUACAGUAACCAUCCGAGGCUAUGUCGGUGACGUUGUGACCCUAACAUGUAAGUAUGAUGCCCAGUAUUAUGGUCCGCUCUCUGUCUGCUGGGGUCGUGGUCACAUCCCCAACAGCGGCUGUGCCAAUGAGGUCAUCAGGACGGAGGGGGUCAAAGUGACCCACAGUGCUUCGGUCCGGUAUCAUCUCCAGGGUGAUCUGAGGGCAGGGGACGUCUCUCUGACCAUCAUCCAAGCACAGAUGAAGGAUUCUGGGAUAUACGGCUGCCGUGUGGACAUACCUGGAUGGUUUAAUGACCAGAAACACCAUCUGGCACUCGACAUCCAGCCCGCUCCUGACACAACCCCUGAACCGUGGAUCCCUGGAGAGAGCACAACAGUUGGCUACCCAGAAGAACAAACCACAACAAUGCAGACAACGAUGGUUUUAUCAGUACCUCCAGACCCUCCCACUGUGGCAAUCCGAGAAAUAUCAGCCAGGUCCAUCUCUGUAUGGUGGAGCGCUGGCUUCGAUGGAAACACCCCCAUCACAGGUUACCACCUGGAAUGCAAGAGCCAAACUGACUCCUGGGUAGAUGCGGUACGAGGCAGCAAUGUUCUGCCUUGGGAGAGAGAGACUGCUAUCAAUGACCUGCGACCCUUUUCCACCUACAACAUCCGCAUGUUCACCAAGAACAACAUGGGCUUGAGUAAACCUAGCAAUGUGCUCACCAUCACCACUAAGGAUGCAGCCCCUGAUGGUCCCCCACAGGAUGUGAAGCUUCAAGCCCUGUCUUCCCAUAGCAUCAGAAUCACAUGGAGGGCCCCUGAGUUGUCCCUCCAGAACGGGCUGAUCCGGGGCUACCAGCUCCGCUACAGUGAGUACAGUCCCCAUGAACGGCUUCCUGUCAGGGUGGUGCAUCUGAUGGACGGAGCAGAGAGCUUCACCAUGAACAACCUGCAGGAGGCGACAGAGUACAGUGUGACGCUGCACACUAUCAACAAUGCAGGCCUGGGGCCGUCUUCACAGGAGCUUGUCUGCUCCACUCUGACUAAUGAUGAUCAGCAGCAUAUGACAACAACUCAAGCAACAACAGAAGUUCAGACAGAACAUUCAACCUCAACCAUUGCGACAACAACUUCUUCAACUGAGACAUGGCUGCUUGUCACUGACAGUCCCACUCAAGGUCAGAGGGUAGACGACUUCUCAACUGCAAGUCCACUAAGUAACUCUACUACUGACCCAGUAUUGAGUAAAAAACUGGGUACUGAGGAACAGAGCGGUCAUCUUGUUGCCAUCCUAGUGCCAGCUCUGGUGGUGGGGCUGCUUGUUGUCAUGGCAAUCAUAUGGCAAUUUAGGCGUACAACAUUUAAAAAAGGCAACUGGAAUAUACUAUGGAAGAACAACGACUUUCUGUCCUUCGGGGACUCUGAGCCAGCACUGUAGAGACCACUGGGAUGCUAGAAUUCACAUCAAGAUUAUGCAGUAGUCACAGUGGGAUUAACAUAAAGUGUAAGAUGAUACAUAUAUGAUUUCAAAUAUACCAUAGUGAUAGGAAGUGUUACUAAUCAACAGGGGCCUCCCACUGAAUUGAUGUUGAAAGCAUUCUUGUCUUACAAUGGGAUGUGACAUUUGUGUGCACAUGUUAAUAAAUGCUUGCUUAAAGCUC